GAAACACCAAAAUCCUUCUUCUUCCGUUUUUUUUUUAGUUGAAAGGUUGGAGAAAUUAUUAGUAGGUUUGAGAAAAAAGGUUUCUACUUGAAAGGGUUGAAGUUGGUCGGCGUGGAACGCUCCUUUGCGGAGAAACACUACGCCGACCUCUCCGCGAAGCCCUUCUUUGGUUCCCUUGUGGAGUACAUCAUCUCUGGUCCGGUGGUAGCGAUGGUAUGGACGCGAAAGAAUGUGGUGGUCAGACUAUGCAAUUGAGAUUGGCAGGAUUUGUGUGUUGGGCUUCUUAGAUGCGCUACAUAUACAACUUAAAGGCUUUGAUCAUUAAGUCCAUGAUGCUUCCUUCCAACAUGUUGAUAACCAUGCUAAUUGAAGGACGAAUGAUGGACAAAAGUACAGCAGAUGUAGCUUCAGAUGGGUAUCACAAAUAUAAGGAAGAUGUCGAGCUGAUGGCUGAAUUGGGAUUGGACUCCUACAGAUUCUCCAUCUCUUGGUCAAGACUUCUUCCGAAUGGAAGAGGAUUUGUGAAUCCUAAAGGUCUGCAGUUCUACAACAACUUCAUCGAUGAGCUAGUGAAAUAUGGGACUGGAUUGGUCUUACUUCAUCAUUUGAAUUUGAAAAUUUAGCUGGUUUAGUAGAGAAGAUCAUGUGAACUCCUGGAUCUUUUUGGAUGCAAGAACUCUCAUGAAUCAAUGAGUUGUUGAUGCUCUGAACAUUGCUAUUCACACUUGUGCUAAUGGAGGGGACUUCAGUACUUGCCAUUUUAGGUGCAUCCAUGAGAGAUUUGUCAUUGAC